CGCUUCUGGAGAAGCACAUGGUCUCCGUUCUCGAAAGACAACACUUUGCUAGUCUGUAAAUUCCUUUUUGGAGGAACCCCCUUAACUGUUGUCGUUGGAAGAAGAAUAAUAGACCACGACCACCUUAUUUUAAUGUAGUACGUGGCACGUUUACAGGUCAAAAUUGUCAGGCUUCUCUCCAAAGUGCUUGAUGCGCUUUUAACAUCGUUGGAUAUAAAGUCUAUUACAGGGGAGUCGGGGGUUGCUGGAGUGGAGUGAAGUGGGUGAGGACUGAGAAGGAUUUCCUAACGGUCUCUCUUUCCUCAUACUUGAUUAUAUUUCAUGAAGUCAUUUGGGUGUUACACAUCAGCUGUUCCACUGUAACUUGGCUAUAUUAUGGUCUUGCUGCCGUGAGACAGUUGGAUAGUCUCGACCCGUUCAUCCGCUGCCGUUCACCAGCACCAUGACCUACCCGCGGACCUACCGGUGGACCUACGGGAGUCAGACCUACGGAAGUCAGAAGUUUACAGUGUUUUUAAUAGCACUUCACGUCUUGUCAAUUACAACAUGCUUCGGUGAAGAUGUGCGCUCCUCCAACAAGACCACUGAAGGGAAGCCUUUCACUGCAACCAAUCAGCAGAGGGCUACUGCCAAGCUGAAACGCUACGGCACAACUGUACCUCUCCUAUUGGUCGGAGAAGAAUGGAGACCAGUCGCUCUGCUCCAAUCACAGGGCCAUCCUGCAUCUCUGAAGGUACUGAUAGAAACAGAGGAGGAACAGCUGCUCCUAACUCUGGAGAAAAACCAGAGUUGGAGAAGCCUAGUCCACCCCAGAAGCCCCUACCUGCCGACCCCCUGGGCAGGAAUACCCAGAAGCCUUUGACUGCAGACCCCCUGGGCAGGAAUAUCCAAAAACCUUUACCUGCAGACCCCCUGGGCAGGAAUACCCAGAAGCCUCUAUCUGCCGACCCAAUUGGCAGGAAUACCCAGAAGCCUUUACCUACCUACCCCCUGGGCAGGAAUACCCAGAAGCCUUUGCCUGCUAGCCCUAACCCUAACUCCCCCGGAAGGAGCAGUCAUCUGAUUCGUAGCCCCAUUGCUGUCGGAGUCCCCAUCCCUGUACCUGUCCCCGGUGUCCCCAGGCCGCUGAGACCUGUUCCACACCACAACAGAUCUGUACCUAAGCAACCCCCAACACUACCUAAGCCUUGUGUGAUCGUUCACGCCAAGUUCAGCAGCUGAGAGCAGCUGGACUAAACUGAAGGGAAUUAAAGGACGUUCUUUCUCUAAGACGAUAAAGACAUUUCACUUGCACUAUGAAACCUUAAGAUGUGGUGUCUCUGAGUUUUGAAUAAUGGGGACGGACCGUUGGGCGGUUGGCAUGUCAGCGAGUCAGUCCCCUCCGUUGGUGCUCUGAUGUCAGAGGUGCUAUAGGUCUGAGCUCAGGUACAUGUAUGUAAAGUAUUUAUGUUUUGUGUAUUUAUUAAUUAGUUACCACACAGCGCACUGUGCCAGACACUUGGGAUUUAAUUUGUAGUCUUUGUUUAUUUUAUUUUUUUCUACUCUUAGCCAUUUGAUUUCAAUCAUGGAGAUAUUUUAACCUGUUUUGAUGGACAGGGAGCAAGGGGAAAGGUCCAACUUAACAAAGCCUGUCUCUGGAGAUCUGGGAAGUUGUAAAGACCAACAUGGCGUUCAAUUAACAGGAUUCAGAACAAAGGGAAAGACAUCUACAAACAUCAGAUAGGGCGACUUUCUUCUGCACUUGGGUUGACGGACUUGGGUUGCGUAUGACGCCACCUGUUGUAAGACAACGGCAUCACUGGUAAAUCCUGCUGCAGGUCUUCCUCCAUACAGUAUACAGCCAGCUGUUUCUCCCUCUGUGACCGUACUAUGUAUGCACUGAUGCUGAGAGACUGAGCCCUGAGGAACACCAAUAACAACCUUACACCAACCUUACAACAAGCUAACACCAACCUGACACCAACCUUACACCAGCUAUACACCAAUCUUUGACCAACUAUACACCAACCUUACAACAACCAUACACCAACCUAACACCAACCUUACAACAACCAUACACCAACCUUACACCAGCUAUACACCAAUCUUUGACCAACCUUACACCAACCAUACACCAACCUUACACCAACCUUACACCAAUCAUACACCAAUCUUUCAACAACUACAGUGCCUUGCAAAAGUAUUCACCCCCUUGGCGUUUUUCCUAUUUUGUUGCAUUAAAACCUGUAAUUUAAAUAGAUUUGUAUUUGGAUUUCAUGUAAUGGACACACAC